AUGUGCGCUCCCGUCUGGUGUGGGGUGACUUGCCCUCUAGGUUUAGCAAAGGAUGAAAACAAUUGCGAUAUUUGCAGAUGCAUAGAUCAGCCUAUGUGCCCAACUGCUCCUUGCGAAAUAAGUUGCCCCAACGGCUGGGAAAAGAAUGCGAAAGGGUGUGAUGUUUGUAAAUGCAAAGAGAAACCAGUGUGCAGCCCGGUGAGCUGUGACUUGCACUGCCCGAACGGAUGGGCUAAAAAUAAUUACGGCUGUGAUAUUUGUAAAUGCAAAGAGCAGCCAGUUUGCAUCCCUGUGAGCUGUGACUUGUACUGCCCGAACGGAUGGGCUAAAAAUAACUACGGCUGUGAUAUUUGUAAAUGCAAAGAGCAACCAGUAUGCAUCCCUGUGAGCUGUGACUUGCACUGCCCGAACGGAUGGGCUAAAAGUAACUACGGCUGUGAUAUUUGUAAAUGCAAAGAGCAGCCAGUGUGCAUCCCUGUGAGCUGUGAAUUGUACUGCCCGAACGGAUGGGCUAAAAAUAACUACGGCUGUGAUAUUUGUAAAUGCAAAGAGCAGCCAGUGUGCAUCCCGGUGAGCUGUGACUUGCACUGCCCGAACGGAUGGGCUAAAAAUAACUACGGCUGUGAUAUUUGUAAAUGCAAAGAGCAGCCAGCGUGCAUCCCUGUGAGCUGUGACUUGUACUGCCCGAACGGAUGGGUUAAAAAUAACUACGGCUGUGAUAUUUGUAAAUGCAAAGAGCAGCCAGUGUGCAUUCCUGUGAGCUGUGACUUGCACUGCCCGAACGGAUGGGUUAAAAAUAACUUCAGCUGUGAUAUUUGUAAAUGCAAAGAGCAACCAUUCUGCAGCCCGGUGAGCUGUGACAUACUGUGCCCGAACGGAUUGGUUAAAAAUAACUUCGGCUGUGAUAUUUGUAAAUGCAAAGAGCAACCAUUCUGCAGCCCGGUGAUCUGUGACAUACACUGCCCGAACGGACUGGCUAAAAAUAGCUACGGCUGUGAUAUUUGUCAAUGCAAAGAGCAACCAUUCUGCAGCCCGGUGAGCUGUGACAUACUCUGCCCGAACGGAUUGGUUAAAAAUGACUACGGCUGUGAUAUUUGUAAAUGCAAA